GGACGAAACGAAGGAGACUGUCGUAAAGUGGGAUGUUUUGGAGUGGGGAGGUCAUUAGAAAGUGAGGUUGUUCGGUACGUUUUGGGGCGAACAGACCGCCACUUCUAGUACAGGUGUCAGAUAUUCUGAUACCAGAGUGGCUUUACUCAAAUCCAGCGUAGUUUACAGUGGUCAUCACGUUCAAAAUGUUGCGUUUAGCGCUGCGAGUGCGCCCAUCUGCCAGGUUUACCCGGCCCAGUGUUCUCUCAGGCCCUGCUGCUGCUGCUGGUAGUCCACGAUCAGGACCGGUAUCAUGCCAUCAUCUCAAACGAUACCACUCCAACGGCCCGGCCAGGAUCCGGAGCUUGUGUCAUGGUCGGCGAGUGUACAACAGCAUCCUCAGUAACAGAUCAUGGGUCUUGCGAAGCCAAAUGGCUAGUUUCAGUCAAAGCAUGCGAGUGUACAGUCUGCCUCCACAUCAGAAGGUGGAACUACCAGCUUUGUCCCCCACUAUGCAGAUGGGCACUAUUGCACGCUGGGAAAAGAAGGAAGGUGACAAAAUCAAUGAGGGAGAUUUGAUUGCUGAGGUUGAAACAGACAAGGCUACGGUUGGAUUUGAAAUGCUGGAGGAGUGCUACCUUGCCAAGAUCUUGGUCCCUCAGGGUACAAGAGAUGUGCCCAUUGGAGCUGUCAUUUGUAUUACAGUUGACAAUCCUGACCUCAUCCCUGCAUUUAAGGACUUAACAUUGGAUAAAAUCGCCAGCUCUGCCCCUGCUGCUGCAGCUGCCCAUCCCCCUCCAGCAGCACCUGCUGCUGCUCCUGCACCACCACAAGUUCCUGGAAGCUCCUACCCACCUCACAUGAAGGUUCUUCUCCCAGCUCUCUCCCCCACCAUGACUAUGGGCACCGUGCAGCGCUGGGAGAAGAAGGUGGGUGAGAAGCUGAGUGAGGGAGACCUGCUGGCUGAAAUUGAGACGGAUAAGGCAACAAUCGGUUUUGAGGUACAGGAAGAGGGUUACCUGGCCAAGAUAUUGAUUGCUGAGGGCACCAGGGAUGUUCCCCUCGGCACUCCUCUCUGCAUCAUUGUGGAAAAGGAAUCCGACAUUAGCACGUUUGCUGACUAUGUAGAGACAGGGGUUGCUGCAAGCCCGCCUCCUGCUCCCACACCGGUGGCUGCCCCACCGCCAGCACCAGCUCCAGCAGCUCCCACUGUUCCAGCCGCCCCUGCAGCUCCUAGGAAGGGUAGGGUGUUUGCCAGUCCUCUAGCCAAGAAACUGGCUGCUGAGAAGGGAAUUGACAUCACCCAAGUCACAGGAACUGGACCAGAUGGCAGAGUCACCAGGAAAGAUAUCGACAGUUUCGUUCCACUUAAGCCCACUCCUGCACCAGCUGCUGCUCCUACCCCUGCUGCACCCACACCCAGUCCUCCAGCCGUCCCUGCUUUUGCUGCUGUACCUACAGGAACCUUCACUGACAUCCCCAUCAGCAACAUCCGCAGAGUGAUCGCCCAGAGGUUGAUGCAAUCGAAACAAACUAUUCCUCACUAUUAUUUGUCUAUCGAUGUCAACAUGGACCAAGUCCUUGAACUCAGGAAAGAACUCAAUGCUGAGGUGAAAGCUGAUAACAUCAAACUCUCGGUCAAUGACUUCAUCAUCAAGGCCUCAUCUCUGGCCUGUUUAAAGGUGCCAGAGGCCAACUCCUCCUGGAUGGAUACAGUCAUCAGACAAAAUCAUGUGGUGGAUGUUAAUGUGGCAGUCAGUACGCCUAUAGGUCUAAUCACUCCCAUUGUAUUUAAUGCUCAUAUUAAGGGACUUGCGACUAUCAGCAAAGACGUAGCCAUAUUAGCUGCUAAAGCACGAGAGGGUAAACUACAACCACAUGAAUUCCAGGGUGGCACCUUCACUAUUUCCAAUCUGGGCAUGUAUGGCAUCAAGCAUUUUUCAGCUAUCAUUAACCCUCCUCAAGCCUGCAUUCUGGCUGUGGGUGGCUCAGAAAAGAGACUGCUGCCUGCAGACAAUGAAAAAGGGUUUGACGUGGCUAGCAUGAUGUCGGUGACCCUGAGCUGUGAUCACCGGGUGGUAGAUGGUGCUGUCGGUGCACAGUGGCUGGCCGAGUUCCGCAAGUUCCUGGAGAAACCGUUCACCAUGCUCCUGUGAGCAGGCAGUUUAAAGGGCCCUGUCCCCCCCAAAAAAACUGGACUUUAAGAUUUGCUCUCCCUGGGAAUUAUAACAGGUUGUUCUCUCCUCUUUUUUUAAUUUUCUUUCUCUCUCACAUACUCCCUUUCAUAUACUGUAUUUUUACAACAUUGCUUCCUAAAGCCUGAAGUAACCUCUCAACCCAAAGUCAUAAGUCAUUGUUAAGGUAAUUUUCUGGAGUUUCAGAAGAUAAUGCUGGACAAGGGUUUUCAUUUUCCUUCAGGAUAUUGUUACAAGCACCGUAAGUCUGUGUUUGCCAUUGGAUCAAAGAAUGUCUGUCUCAUGGGUCUGUACCUGCAAGCUUUGACUUGUUUCCAUGUAUCAAUGACACAUUUAUUGGCACAAUAUGAGUAUCCUUUCUAUAUAAGAAAAACCGUGAUGAGAUCUGGAGAUGUGUGUGCCAUUGCCAAAUAUUGUCUGACUGCAAUUGGAAUUUUUUUAUGACGCAUUAUUCAGUGCAUAGGUUUAUUUUCUGUAUUAUUGCAUAAUAUACAUACAUUUGGACUGAUUGGAUAUUUAACUCACUCCCCGAGUUAAAUAUCUGGCAUAUUCAUGAUGGUUUCUUUGCCAAGACUGUGUGAUGGUCUUGGUAUCUGAGCAGGGUUUUGAUAUAGGCAAUUUUAUUUAUUAUAUCUCUCACUCCAGACAAAGCACGUUAGUGCCUUUGCUCCUGUUUAUAGCACCUUGGUAUUUCUUUUUAAAUGGUGGUUAUAUUUUCAAGUCAUUCUUUAAUGAAUAACGCACAAUUCAUGGGGUGAACUGCAGUUAUAAAUAAACCUAUGGAGAAACAAAAGAAAGGUUCCCAGAUGGAAUAAAA